UAGAAUACAGAAAUAGAUAGUAUUCCCAGUAUUGGCUGUCCCCCAGGUGAUCUGACACAAGCGAUUUCCUUCCAAAGAAGAAGUACUUAAAAAAAAAAAUUACAAAACCCCUCAGCGAAGGUCUCGUAGACCAACGUUUCGAAAUAUUUCCUCCCAUCAUAUAUAUGAGGAUAGAGUGUGGGCUGCGCUGAUGUAUAUUUCGAAAGCCCCUGGAGUCUCUCUCUCCCUCCUUUCUGUGGGAACAACGUUGCCAAAUGCUGCUCCAAGAUGGCGGUUGUUUUAGGCUCCUCCCCUUCUCUUGCUAGGACCUACGGUUUAGGUUUCCCCCUUGCGUUCGAGCUGCGCGAUCCAGUCUUGCUCAGUAAGCUACCGGAGGUGGUAGAAAGUGUAUGGUCCACGCGCGUGUGUGCAGUGAGUGUGUAUGUGUACGGUGGGGCUACGUCACGCAGCUGGGUCAUAUCGAACCUGAAUAUCGAAUGAUUGCAUAUAUACAGCUUCUCUCUUAUUCAUUAAACUCUUUUGGACAUGAACUUGUUAGCAGUGGUGGUGGAUCGAAUUGUAUGAGCAUCAUGGAGAGAACCAACUAAAAGUGCACCCCAGCUCAGUGUCGAGAAACCACGUUGUUGCCGCCACUGCCGUCUGUGCGUCGUCGAGCUUGGAUAUAUAUCUCUGUGUGCGCUGAGCCUCGAAUCUAUAGGAUUACAUAUUCCCAGUCGAGUUGAAAUCAUUCCUGGAGAACAAGAAAACUACACUACCCUUUUACUCCCCCGAUACCCAAGUUGAAUGGAGUCUUCCCACGUCGGAGGGUCGUCGGCGACCAACAACAACAGCAAUGCACGGUCGUCUCCGCUCGGGCUCCGAACUCUGACCGAUUUAAUUCCGGCAGCUGGAAGGCUGAGUCCUGUCCCGUUCUAUCGUGUGGCCAAUUCGAGAUCUCAACAAGAAACGAAGGCGAGUACGAGUCCUAGUAGGAAAAGGGCCCGACUGGCCUCGGGAGGUGGAGGGGCGGUCGUGAUGGGUAGUGGCGGCGGAGGGGGUGAGUCUAGGACCACUCCAUCCCCGCCGCUCUUAUCGGCGCCUCCUCCCGUUGUUGCAACAUCGCCCCGAGAGCGUGAGAAUCAAAAUCCGCACGUUGGAGGAGGCCCUGGUGUUCCAAGCGACCGGGAUCGACGGAGACAUCCAUCGAGGAGUUCUGCCCGUUGCGUACCUAGUCCACAUCUGAGACGGUGUCGAUAUCGGGAUGGCAACGGCGGAGCUAGCGCUGCUAGCGGCGUUCAGCGACUAGGAGCUGGUCCGUCUCACCACCACCAGCAACAACAACAACAGCAGCAACAACCUCAACAACAUUCGCCCGGCAACAGCGGCGCCAACAACGGGUCGGGUGGCGGCAGCAAUAACAGCAACGGUGGCGGGGGCAACAACGGCCAGCAGCAGCAGCUCGCAGCCCAAUCGGUGGCGGUGGCAGCAGCGGCGGCCGCGGCCGCAGCCGCCCUUCAUUCGGCUUCCUCUCAUCACAACAACCCGGGAAUGGUCCUAGACUUGAGUCAGGUAAGUUCCUGCGCUGCUUUCUGCAUUAGAAUAUACCCUGCAACAACACAGGUCCUUCUAGUCUCUACCCGUCCGUCCGUGUGUUGUUGUUGUUGCUAACCGGUCGAUCCCCUUUGCGCGAUCCUUUCGCCAUCUACUGACUCGAGCCCGAACGAUCAAUCCUACGACGCCUCUCUUUUUUUCAACAUAACUUCUACUAUUUCCAUUCGUUGUUUUUGGCCUAGAAAAAGGGAAAUGGGCUUCCCUUCGAAAUUUUUCCAACCAGAUCCCCCCUCAACAACAACAAUAUUCUAGAGCGACGGUGAAAACGCGCCAGAAGAGAAGGCGCCCUAAAGUUCCUUCUUCUUUUUAUUUUCUUCGAGUUGUUGUUGUUAUUCCGCACGAUUCGAAAGAGAUGGAA